AAUUUAUCAACAUUUUAUACAUCUAUUCCACAGUAAGAUAAAUACAGGUCGUUAAGAUAGAUACAAMACUUGCUUUGAGAAUAUUCGUGUUCAAUUUAARCUGAAUUACCCAUGGAAAUUAGUUGAAGAAGGAGAAAUUUCACGAUUUGUUGUGACGACAGCUGGCUGUCAAACCUAACCCACAAGAAGAAAAAUGCUCAUUUUCGACUUCAGCAGAUUUAGAAAUCCACCAGCUAAGCCAGGUGAAGCAUAUCAACCAACAGUUUAUGAACAUAUUGCUAAUAUAAUAACGCAUGGGUUCUUUGUUAUACCAGCAUUUCAAGCUUUACAGACUUUGGAUCACCUGGCUCAUGAUAAAUCAUACAGCCACAAAGUUAUUGCCUGGGUCUAUGGUGUAACUCUUAUCCUCAUUUUUUCAAUAUCAACUUUUUUUCAUGUAAUCAGCUUGAGUGGGAGAUUUAGAUAUCUUCGGUUUAUUCUUCAUUUAUGUGAUAGAGGAAUCAUUUAUUUUUUCAUUGCUGCUUCUUAUAUGCCAUGGUUAGUUUUAAAAGAUGUUGGUGUGUGGGGAGACACAUUUUCGUGGCUCCUUUGGGUUGGAGCAGUUCUUGGUACACUUUAUAAUUAUCUAUUUCAUGAAAAAUAUAAAACCCUUGAAACUAUAUUUUAUUUGAUGUUUGGAGUUCUUCCUUCGAUACCUCUAAUUUUUCAGGCGGCCGAUACCGCCGGACUUAUUGAAGUAGCUUUAGGAGGCGCAUUCUACAUUAGCGGCAUAUUCUUCUUCAAAUCUGACGGGAAAAUAUCCUUUGCGCAUGCGAUAUGGCAUAUGUUUUGCGCUUCUGGUGCUUGCUUACACUUCUAUGCUGUUUAUACUCACUUGUACUAGAGUUGGGAUCUCUGUGGUACCUCUACAAUUCCCGGGGUGUGGCUUGGUUUGGCUUCCUUGCCAGCAGGGUUCGCACAGUCUUGAAAAGUCCUUGAUUUUUGAGCUAGGUCCUUGAAAAGUCCUUGACUGCAAAUUUUCCUUGAAAAG